UACUUUUUUUUUUGACCGUUUUCAACCAUCAAAUGAAUCAAACUAUACUUACAUUUCCAUUUUCAAUCUCAAUCACACUCCUAUCUCACUUAAUAAAAACACGUUCACUGUUUUAAAAAUUUACUCUUACGAUUAUCCCCAAUUUCCAUUUUCAUUCUCUCUCCUCAAAUAAAAUGGACCUCCACCACCUCCACCACGACCACCACCACAGCGACACCACCACCACCUAUCAAAACUUAAAUCCGAGCCGCGCUGAAGCAGAACGCCUCCUAGGAAUAGCCGAGAAGCUCCUCCAAACCCGAGAUCUAACCGGGUCACGAGAAUUCGCCCUUUUAGCCCAAGAAACCGAACCUCUCCUCGAAGGAUCCGACCAGAUCUUGGCCAUCACCGACGUUUUACUCGCGUCGGAGCACCGCGUGGUUAACAACCGCCACCAUGAUUGGUACAACAUCCUCCAAAUCAACCGCCACUCUCUCUCCUCCGAACCCGAUCUCCUCAAGAAGAAUUACCGCCGUCUCGCCCUCCUCCUCCACCCGGAUAAAAACCGUUACCCGCUUUCCGAUUCCGCAUUCAAGCUCGUCGCCGAUGCGUGGGCCCUACUCUCGGAUCCUUCUAGAAAAGCGAUUUACGAUCACGAGCUGACGGUGUACUCGAAGGUCGAGCUCCGCCAUCAACCACCUCACUCGCAACAAUACCACCACCCCCAACCCCAAACAGCCGCCGGAGUUGGAGCUGGGGCGGAGAAGGAUAAGCUUCCAGUGAGGAGGAGUCCUCGAAAAGGGUUUGCAGAUGGCGGCGAUGGAGGAGGAAACGGAUUGGAUUCAUCUGAUCCAUCGCCGCCACCGGGCGCCUUCCAACCCCGAGGCAGCACCGUGGGCGGAGGACGUGGUGGUGGAGCAGCCGGCAAAACCAAUUUCUGGACAGCUUGCCCGUAUUGUUACGUUCUAUACGAAUUUCCCAGAGCUUACGAAGAUUGCUGUCUUCGUUGCCAGAAUUGCGAACGCGCUUACCAUGCGAGUGUAAUAAACUCACUGCCGCCGGUGGUCCCCGGAAAAGAGGCUUACUACUGCUGUUGGGGUUUCUUCCCACUAGGGUUCUCACUUGACACCGCCACCACCGCCGCCACCGCCGCCACCAAGGGGAAGAAGAAGGUGGUUGGGUCUGAUACUAAUCACGACGGCGUCACAAACAAUGUGAAUGGUAAUAAUCAUCCUAACAAUGAUAAUGCCAAUAAUAACAACAACAAUAAUCCGAAUUCGGGUUUUCCGAAUUGGAUGCCAGCGGGCAUCUUUUCAACGCCGCCUGUGGCAGCCGCUGCCGUGCCUCAAGGAGGCGGCGGCGUUCCCAAUGUGAAUAAUGCUGCUUCUGUAGGUGGUGGUGUUGAUAUAUCAGAUGGCAGUGCCUCAGCUGGUUUUGGUAAUAAUAAUAUUAACAACAAUAACAAUAAUAUCUCAGCUGGGUACGGUGGUGCACCGCCGGGGAUGGGUUCUCAGGCGGCCAAGAAACGCGGCCGUCCCCGGAAAAACCCCUUGCCUUUGUAGUAAGUCUGUGGUGGUUUCUGUGGUUGUUGUUGGAAUUAGUUGUUGAGUUUGUGUAGUCAUAAUGUAGGAUGGCUAAUGAACUAUUCAAUGGCUAUUUUUAUUUUAGAUUUCCGGGGCGAAAAUAGACUAACACCAUUUUUCAAAAGAAAUAAUGGAAAAAUGGUGUUAGUCACCAUGAAUUUGGUAUGGCGAAAAUAGACUAACACCAUUUUUCAAAAGAAAUAAGGGAAAAAUGGUGUUAGUCACCAUGAAUUUGGUAUGGAGAAGUGAAGAAUUUUGAAGAUGAAGCUGGUUUAUUACUUUUAUUAUGAUUUGUGUUUAGAUUCUGUAGUGUAGAUUUUUUAAGUCAGAAGAUGUAUUGAUAGUUUGUACUUUGUAGAACUAACUUACAUAAUCAAACAGUUGUUUAUUUA